AUGGACGCGUUUGUUAAUUUGCAUACCGUUGGCAGCACAUCUCCAGGAGCUAAGUGGAGAGCACAGACCUACCUGCAGUAUUUCAAGACCACCACAUCUCCAGGAGCUAAGUGGAGAGCACAGACCUACCUGCAGUAUUUCAAGACCACGAUGGGCGGCGAGGAUGGCUCAGGUCCUCGGGGCUUCGGCAUCCUAGGGGCCAACACCGUGAGGAUCCUGCUGGGGACGCUGGUGGCCUUCGUCGCCCUCGUCCUCGUCAGCCUCGUCGUGUUCUGGUACCAAGGCUGCCCAAAGGGGGGCUUCCGGUGCCGCGACGGGGCGUGUCUCCCGAGGAACAGGUGGUGCGACAACGUGACAGACUGCCUCGACGGAGAGGACGAGAGCGCCGAGAACUGCUUGUUACCUCCAGGCCAGAGCCCCGAGCUUAUAAUGGAGCUCCUCGACAGCAUGAGAAGGUGCGACCUGUGCGUGUGUCCGCGCUGGAGCAGCUUAGCCAACUGCAAGCCGCAGCCGAAGGAUAACACGAGCAUAAGCGAGUGCAGGACGAGGCAUAACGUCCUACCGCGCUCCUUCCCUCGUUCCUUCGCCAGGAACCCUCGGAGUGCCCGCCCUUUGACUUCCCCGGCCGAACAUCUUGCCGCCCACGCCCCUCCUGCCACGAAGGGUGAACCUGGAGACUUUGAAAAUAAGAGGGAACAUAAAUCGUCGAGAAGGAGAGUGAGUCGACACCCUGCAGGUCCUUCAUCCUCUGGGCUUCGUCGCAGGAGAGGCCAUCCGGAGGGCGAGAUCGGCCUCGGAACCGCCUGGAAUUUCGAUCUUCCCCGAGUGAUGCAUUUCAACGCCCUUCGUUCGUUCAGUGACGCGGAAGACAGUCAGAAUAAGGAAUAUGGUGACAUGGGGACCAAACCCACAAGGAGAAACAACAAAAUUCGCGCAGAAAACAAAAUUCAUGAAGGGCUGACGAGAACUAGGAAAUUCGCGACUCAGGACACAGCCAGCUCCCAGAAACCCACCUCGGAUCCAUUGGCAUGUGACACCCCUUUCGUGGACACAGCCCUUUGUGGCGGUGUUCUACAGGACGAAACCGACGCCAGACACAGCAUUUCUGGCACAGGGCCUCUCGGAAGUCUGUCUGUUUCCCAUGCCUUUCCAACGAGCACAGGCAUUUCCAGUAACAACAACAUAAACAAAACUACCUUUACAGAUAUGAUACAUAGGCUUCCUCAAAUCCUGGAGACAACCACACCAAAGAGUAUCCAUACCUUAAAAGCAUCAGUAUCAAGUCCCGCUGCCGUGAACGAAGUGGGCAAAACCACCUCACGUGCAGGCCUGAAUAGCAAAAAUCUAGAACAUGGGAAGAAGCGAAUAACUGAGAAGAACGAGAUCGGGUUCGCGGAAGAGCAGAACAGCAUGAGAUCUGACCCAGCGGGCGGCUCAUGCCCACCGUGGUCAAGACUCUGUCGGUCGAACAAAAGAGAAAAGCGACACCUCAGCUCGGGCGUGCCCCAGAUGGGCCACGGGCACUUAGGCGCUCGCAGCAGUCUAAAACCAUUUUCCAAGAGACGCCUCGAGGGUGGUCGGUACAGCAUACUGUUUCGUCGGGGUCAAGGAACAGCCCUGUCGCCCCUGAAGGACUUGGAGGGCCAGCUGAUCCUCAACAUGAGACGAGUCGAGCACCACAACGAGAACCGGAGUGCGUACGACAUGGAGGAAGUGGUCGACCCCGAGAUCAACGACUGCUUCUGCGAGUACAGUUCCCAGCUGAAGUGCCUGGGGAAGCGGAUCACCAGAAUCCCCAGCGGGGUCGUGGGGAACGUCACCUGGUUCAUCGUCAGGAUGAGUUCGGUCCGGCGCCUCGAGGUCGACGUCAUGGCUCAGUACUCGAGUCUCAGGAUAAUGUCACUGGAAGAGAAUCACCUGACCUCCAUCCCGCGCGGCGUUUUCUUUAACCAAAAUGUCCUCAAACACUUUUGA